GAGAAAACAUCAUGUAUUAUACAUAUAAAUAUAAUGGAAUAUUUUAAUUAUAUAAAAUAAUACUUUAAUAAAGAAAUGUUCAGCAUAAAUCUCAUAACGUAUAUAGAUGAUAAUAGUUUUUUUUUAGUUUAAAUUAUAUCUACAGUAACAUUUUAGCAAUUAUCUUUAAAAUAUAUUAUUUUAAAAUAUUUUACAUAAACCCAAGUAAUAACAUUUACCCUAGUUUAUCUAAAUUGUAAUGGGCUUAUCCUUAACCCUAAAGUAUCUGCUCCAAUUUGUGCAACUGUGCAAAUAGUACAAACUUUGCCUUUACAUUCGGGAAGAAAGCUUGCUCCACAGAAAGGGCAUUUUUCUUCAGGCUUGCCUUUAUAAAUUGGGAUAUAAGUUGCUGCACAAAUAGUAAAGGGAUUAUGUUCAUCAUACUGUAACUUAUGCUCGUCAACAGGAUUCUUAUCACAAGCUUGAUUUAACUUACGAGCUUGUUGUGCAACUUCUGGGCGAGGACCAAGUUCUAGUAACCUUUUAGCAAAUGAUGCUGCUGUUUUAUAGUUUUUAAGUUUGAAAAACAAAUUAAUGGCAGUUCUUAAAGUCAAUAUUUGGUGAACUGGUUGAAGAGAGCAAUGAGUAAAGUAGGCAGCCAUUUCACAUAUCCUCUUUUGGUCUUCCAGCGUAUCUUUAGGCAGUUCUUUUCUCUUGGUUUCCAUUUGUAAUCCUAAAAUAUAUUCACGGCAGAUUCCCAAUAAUUGUUGGGCUUCAGAUAUCUGCUGUUUGGUAUCUACAACGAGCAAUAAUAUGCUCAAUAAUAAGCUUCUAAAUUUCUUGAUAGCUUCAGGAAAUUUACCAUUAGUUGUCAGCUGGUAACAUGAUUGCAAACUGGUUACGAGAUCAUUCAAUUUUAUCCAUAAUGCUGGAUGCCCACCUUUAGCGCCAGCUUCCUUCCAGUUUCUGUGAGGAUGUGCAUACAUUGAUGGCAAUGCUGGUAAUGGUGUAUAAGAUGUUCUCCCUAUGGAAUAUGCAGUCAUAAAUAGAUUCUGUAAAGGACCGAAUUCAACCACUCCGACUUGUUCUUUCAAGAGUCUGAAAGCGGUUUCAAAUGAUCCUGCCAUUGCAUGGUCAGCCACAAGAUGAGAAUUAUUGGCCCAAACCUGUGCCUGAGAUACACCUCUUGUGGGUGGUACAAAAUAUCCUUCCUCUCCUGUAGGAGUAGCUUCAAGAUCAGGCGGAAGUUCUAAAUCUUCAUCACCAACAUCCCAACCAUCACCUUCCUGUGUUGGUAUAACUUGUUCUUCCCCAUCAUCCUCACCUGGAAUAUGCUCUUCAAAGCCAAGUUGUGCUUCAUCACCCCAACCAUCACCUGAAUCAUCAAUGAUAGCAGCAGUUACUCCUGUACCUUUCAUUACUGCUCCUUCAAAGAAUCCUUUCGAAACUGUAAGAAGAGGCCAAUUGGAUUCUGCUUGCAUAAUAGGAACUGGUGGUUGCAACAACGAAGCUUUUGGGUCAACUUGCGGUAGAUUUCCUUCACAUUCAUCUUUAAGUGCUUCUGCUUCUUCUUCUAGGCCAUGAGUUAUCGCAGUUAAAUAAGCCAAAGAUACUUGUCCACAAUUUUUCAAAAUUCUUAUCCUUUCAGGCACGUCACCUAACAGAAGAGCCCCUUGAUAUUGACCAGACAAAUCUUUUCUGAUUUCAGCAAUCUUUGUCAUCUUUCGAAGUUUUUCCAAAUUUCCAGUAAUUAAAUAUAAGAAAGAAAGUUUGUCAAAAUUCUUAGUUCUCUGGUAACACAUUUCCACAACUUGGUGAUUUCCUUGUAAUAAAGCUGCUUGUCCUAAUCUGUUCCAACAAGCUUUGUCAUCAAGAGCUCUGGCUGCUUCCAGAGCAACUUCAAUAUUUCCACAUUCCAGGGCCAAAGCAAAGCGUGUUUUUUCAUCUUUUACAAAAUGCAACGCUACUUCAGGAUAGCCCUUUUGCUGCAAAUAAGCAAUGAUAGCUUGACCAACAAGUCUUGCAUUUCUUACCAUAUGUAGUACUUCUUCAUAAUUCCAAUGAAUUAAAGCAAGUUUGAAACGGUACUCAGUAGGAUCAAUACUCAAAAUUCUUGAUUGGCAUUCUCUAUCUAAACAGAAAACUUGAUUACCUUUAACUUUGGUUAUAUAUAUUGGUAAAUCGAGUGUUCGAAUAAUUCCAUGAUCUCCAUUAUUGAUAGCAUAUUUAAUGUGAUUACUUGUUGUGUAAAUAAAAACUCCAUUUUCAUCCCAAGCACCAGAUUUAACCCUUGUAUUCUCAUGGAUAGAUGCCAAAAUAUCCAAUUUUCUGUUACAUAAGGUUACUGUGUGUUUAGCUAACAGGGCAACUUGUGACAUAUCAGAUGACCAAACUACAUAACGGCAUUUAGAAAUUUUAGCUUGAGAUAUAGUUCUCUUCUGUUGAACAUCAAAUAAUGUAACAGAUUCGGAAUCACGAAGUAGUAACAUACCAGUGCCAGCAUAAAAAAUUUCAUCACAUGCUUGCGCUGUAACUUUUUUUGUUACUUCAUUCUUUAGAUUUUUAAUCACAAUAGAAUGAGAUCUGUCCAAAACAGCAAAUCUAUUUCUAGCGACCCAAACUGCUGUCAAUCCUGCUGUGCACUUACUCUCAGUUGCAUCAGAACUUUGGCUUUCUGACUGUUUUGGUAGUAUAUAUAAAUUGUAAACACUGUUUUCUACGUUUGGAAGUCUUGAACAAGCAAGAACAGCAUUCUCAGCAACAUUAUAGUUGAUACUGUACACUGGUACUUUGCCACUGCCUCUCAUUUGCAAAACAGGUAGAUCUUUAGAAUUAGAGAAAUCAAGCUUCCUAAGGAAAUUGUCCUUUACGUAUAACAAUAUGUUGCCAUGAACAGCAUAAGCAGGCCUUUCUCUUUCAAGUUUAAAAAUAACCAUACCCGAAUCAUGACCAGCAGCAAAUAAAUUUAAUGAUGGAUGAGCACAUAAGACCCAAAAUCUUUCGUGUUCCCUUCUAAAUGUAUGCAGGCAAGUUCUCUUAGUCAUAUCCCAAACUCGUACACUUUUAUCUUCAGAAUUUGAAAGUAUUAAAUCCUGCCUUGGAUGAAAAAGGACACAAGAUACAUUGUUAUAAUGUCCCCUACAAGUAUCAACUUCCCAGGCUUUAGCAUCAUUCAUUCGCCACAAUUUAAUCUGUCGAUCAUCAGCUCCAGAUACAAUUAGGGGUAAAGUAGGAUGGAACAUCGCCCAAUUUACUCCUCUGUCAUGACCUUCAAGAACAUGUUUAACAACAGCGUCAGCCUGACCAAAUAAAUCAGUAGCGGUUGGAUUCUUCAAAUGUUCUUCUAAGCCACCAGGGCCAGGAGCAACAUUCUUUUUACGUAGGCCAGAUAUAUCCCAGACUCGAACAGUAGAGUCAAGGGAUGCAGAUACAACAAUAUCAUCCGUUGGAUGAAACUGAGCGCACAUAACAUAAUGAUUGUGCCCAGUAAGUACACAAAUACAUGUUCUGCUUUGCCAAUUCCAGAUCCUUAUCGUUUGAUCAUCGGAUGCACUCAAAAUCCAAGGAUAUUCAUGAUGAAAAACAGUUGUGCGGAUGUAAUCUAAAUGGCCAAGAAGGGUAAAUAUGCAUCUUCGAUGCUUAUAGUUCCACACUUUAAUUUUAUAAUCAUCACCUCCAGAAACAAAUAAAGGCUGUUGAGUAUGAAAACAAAUACCUCGUACGGGUCCAUCAUGUUCAUCAAAUUUAUCAAGAAGUGUACACAUACGAUAAUCCCAUAAUUGGAUAACUCCGCUGUGUAAUCCAGCUAAAAUCCAUGGUCUUUUAGAAUGAAAAGACAAUCCUUUCACACGGGCAGACUUUGUUUCGAACUUAGUUAACAUGAUUCAUUUACAGCAAAAACACUACACGAAAACAGGUCACACCAUAAACUAACCUUACACGCAAAGUAACCAGCUGGACCGGUACACGUCAACUUCUUUGUAGCUCAAACGUCACCCACCCCCUAUAACUGUUUUUAAUAUCCUUCUUUCUUUUACUAUCUAUUAAAUAAAACAUUUUACUUCUACUAUUGUCGAUAAUUUUUUUAUUGCUGAACCAUUUUUGACAAAAAUCAACAUUACUGACGCUAUCUUAUCAACAUUUUAUGCUCCGUGAUUUAAUUUGACAUUUCAAAAUGGCUGUUACAGCUAUGAGUUUUCGCUGGUUGGAUUUACUUGAAAAAGAAUUUGAUAAAGCAUAUGUAGAUCUCGAUAUUUUAAUAGGUGAAUUGGAUAGUGAUGAACCCGAAAUGGUAUACGCUGCGAGGCAGAAAAUGUCGACCCUCAGUUCUUGCUUCGCUCAGUUGACACACAAGGCACAAACAAUAUUUCAGAACAAUGCAAAAGUCGAGGCCGAGUUGGUUGAUAUGAGGUCCUGCCUUGUAGAUUUGGAAACUAGGAACGAUGAAUUGUCGGAGCAGCUCCACUCAGUGUUGGUCCACGUGCACAAAGCCCAGCUGACGGGAAUACCUCAGGGAGCCGACAUCACCUCCAGCCUUGACCAGUCUCUUGCCGAGAGAUCUCCGCUCCACAGGGCUAGGCACGAAGGUAUGAAUGUAGAAAAGAUGAUUAGGCAUCUAGAAAACUGGAAGAAAAGGUUAGAAAUAGAAAACGAAUCUUUAAGAGCAACAAUAGCAAGUCUUGAAGCUGAGGUUUGUGGUGCUAGACUUUCAGCGAGGUACCUCGACAAAGAACUUGCUGGAAGGAUACAGCAGUUGCAGUUGGUCGGGAGGACAGAUAUGGUAGCAGCCGUUAGGGAGCGCCUAUGGACCCAACUGGAAGCAGAAAUACUUGUCCAAAGGCAAAAAACAGUUGUCAGAGCUGUUAGACAAGCUGAUACUCGUACACCGCCAACCAACAUUUUCAAUACACCUAGGAAUGUAGUUCUCAAAAGAGAUAACAAUACUGUAGGAUUAGGUAUAUCAAUAACGGGUGGUCGAGAGCACGGCGUACCAAUAUUGAUAUCCGAACUUGAGCCUGGUGGUGGAGUCGACCAAUUGUACGUUGGGGAUGCCAUUCUUGAGGUGAAUGGCAUUGACUUGUCUCAGGCCAGUCAUAAUGAAGCAGUGAAGAUUUUGAGUAACCAAGUUGGCGAAGUUAAACUGAAAGUGAAAUAUGUCGGACAGGAUGAUGCAGAAGAAGAUUCUGAUGUCUCUCAAUUAAGAUAUGGUUUCUUCAAUGAUGGUCACCAAAUGCUGGCCUACGAAAACGGUUACAACAAAGAGGUCACACCUACUGCUCCAAGAACUCCUGAUUCUUUUGUGAGAGAUGUGUCAGAAAGUAGUUACACCAGCAGCCCCAGAAUUUCCGAAAAGGACUCCAAUUGUCAGAUAGUGGACAAUGAGGAGAAGUACGAGAAGGAAAAAGAACCCACGAGCCCUCUUCACAUCGGUGUAACGACCCUUCAAAAGAUAUUCCGAACUCUUACCCCUAGUGGCAGCUGGAAAGAACCGAUAGAAGCUCCUGUUAGGAAGCCGUCUCAGCAGCAAGACAUACAAGCCACUAGGUUUGAUAACUCCAAGGAAAUCAACAAGCCAAUUGAGACCAGAUUAGAUGCACAGUUUGAACUGGAGAACUCUCAUAAAGAUAUUAUCAAUAAACAUCAUGAGCAGAGGAUAGCGGACAGGCGAGGCGAGUUCAAUAGGAAUGAUUCCACUUCAAAAGGAGAUUAUCGGAACCAUGAGCUGAUGAGGCAAGGAAGUGAGAAGAGCGACAAAUCGGUACAUUAUAAGGUUGAUGUGGGUACUUACAUCGAUGGCUUUGGGGACGCCAGUUUCGGAACACCUGUGUAGUAGUGCUUUGAGAAGGAACUGUUCCUGUGAGGUUUAGGCACUCUGCAGCUAGUAGUUGUUCACUUGCUGGAGGUGGAAGCUCGGUCUGAACCCUGCUGACAAUAAAAUUUCUGUAUGUCCUCCGAGAAUUCGCCUCGGCUGUUCGCUCGUGAGCGACCCUUCGAUUCCAUAAGUGGUUAAGAUUUAGUUUUAUUAAUAAUAUAAGCUUCAGUCGGAAGAAUCGUAUUCGGAAAGAAUUUGACGUAGUUGAGCAAGCCUCACACUUGAUAGUUGCUUUGAAGCCUGCAAGCUGGUAAUGUGGAUUCAAUGCUCGCCUGCAUUCAUUGCUCCUAAAAGUUGUUUUGAUUUAGCUACAGUUGCCCACAAUAGGCCCACUGUGAUAUUUUUUUUAGUGUAUUUCUUUUUAGAGUUAAAAGUUAGGUGAUUUAAAUUAUAUGAAUAAAUUAAUAAAUAGUUUUUACAACUUUACAUCUUAAAAAAUACUACUUAUCUCGUUGUUUUCUGGUUUCACAGACCUCAACAUAAUUGCUUACUUUUUAUCUCUUUAAAUUCAAUUAUUUAUCUUUUUUUAUCUAUAAAAUAUUUGAGGUUACUUUGUGUUUUUUUUUUUUUUAUAACAAACUCUUGUGCCUAUUUUGGGUCUCUAUGUCUGUAUUAG